AUGCUGAAUCCAGUCCCAUUUCCAGAACCCUCACUCACUCAGCAGCAGCUUUUCUUAGUGAGGUGGGUGGAGCUUGAUGAGAUGACUCCAAGGCCACGCCCACAGAGGAGGCGGGACGUCCCUAUUUCCACACGCACUGAGGGGGCGGGGACGGAAGCUCUGCCCCGCCCACAGAGAGGCGAGGAUCCUGGAGGCUCCGCCCCUGCCUGGGUGCACGUGACCCCGGCCCCGCCCCCUCGGUCGCUCCGCAGCGCCAGCUCGACUUUAGCAGAUCCUUCCAGAAUGGAGCUGUAUUUGGCAGUGAGAAACAUGGAAGGUGAGGAGGAAGGAAUAGGUGCUGGUCAGAUCACCUAUAACCAGAGCACCCAGGCUGUCAAUGAAAUCUGUGUGAUGACUGUAUUCUCUACCUCCACUUGUCAGCGCUACUCAGCAGUUGGGCAGAACAUGCUGUUAGAUACUAGUUUCAGUCCGAAAAAUUGGACGUUCUUAGGAGAGUGGAUUGUCUUGAAGUUUUACAUCAUAGAACUUGAGUUUCUACAAUACCUCAGUGAGCAUCAUGAUCCCUGCUUGGAAGAUUUACAUAAGACAAAUGCAACCUACCUGUGUAGUUUUCUGAUUAGUGGGUCAGAGUGCAGUGGUAUUGCUUCCAUGACUGUUCCAGUGUACAUUGCGGAGGUUUCACCCCCCAACCUAAGAGGCCGGUUAGUUACCAUCAAUACCCUUUUCAUCACAGGAGGGCAGUUCUUCGCAAGUGUUAUUGAUGGAGUCUUCAGCUAUCUCCAGAAGGAUGGAUGGAGGUAUAUGUUGGGACUUGCAGCAAUUCCUGCAGUUAUACAGUUCUUUGGCUUUCUCUUUUUGCCUGAAAGUCCUCGGUGGCUAAUUCAGAAAGGACAGACACAGAAGGCCCGUAGAAUAUUGUCUCAGAUGCGUGGUAACCAGACCAUCGAUGAGGAAUAUGACAGCAUCAAAAACAACAUUGAAGAAGAAGAGAAGGAGGUUGGCUCAGCUGGACCUGUGAUCUGCAGAAUGCUGAGCUAUCCCCCAACUCGCCGAGCUUUAAUUGUGGGUUGUGGCCUUCAAAUGUUCCAACAGCUCUCAGGCAUUAACACCAUCAUGUAUUACAGCGCCACCAUCCUACAGAUGUCUGGUGUGGAAGAUGACAGACUCGCAAUAUGGUUGGCUUCAGUUACAGCUUUCACCAAUUUCAUUUUCACACUAGUAGGAGUCUGGCUCGUUGAGAAAGUGGGUCGCAGAAAGCUUACCUUUGGUAGUUUAACAGGUACUUUUGUAGCACUCAUUAUUCUUGCCUUGGGAUUUCUGCUCUCGGCCCAGAUUUCUCCUCGAGUCACUUUCAAACCUACAGUUCCAUCAGGUCAAAAUUCUUCUUGUACAAGAUACAGUUACUGUAAUGAAUGUAUGCUGGAUCCAGACUGCGGUUUCUGCUACAAGAUGAACAAAUCAGCUGUCGUUGACUCUUCCUGCAUUCCAGUUAACAAAGCAUCUACCAACCAGGCCGCCUGGGGCAGGUGUGAAAAUGAAACCAGGUUUAAAACAGAAGAAGUAUUUUGGGCUUACAACUUCUGCCCUACUCCAUACUCCUGGACUGCACUUCUGGGCCUUAUUUUAUAUCUGGUUUUCUUUGCACCUGGAAUGGGACCAAUGCCUUGGACUGUGAACUCUGAAAUAUACCCUCUGUGGGCCAGAAGUACAGGCAAUGCGUGCUCAUCUGGAAUAAACUGGAUUUGCAAUGUUCUGGUUUCACUGACGUUUUUACACACAGCAGAGUAUCUUACAUACUAUGGAGCCUUUUUCCUCUAUGCUGGGUUUGCAGCUGUGGGACUUCUUUUUAUCUAUGGCUGUCUUCCUGAAACCAAAGGGAAAAAAUUAGAGGAAAUUGAAUCUCUCUUUGACAACAGGCUAUGUACAUGUGGCGCGUCAGACUCGGAUGAGGGAAGAUACAUUGAAUACAUUCGGGUGAAGGGAAGUAACUAUCAUCUUUCUGACAAUGAUGCUUCUGAUGUGGAGUAAUUUUCAGCUGCUGAUAGAUUUAGAUAUUUAGACAAACGUAGGGAGAAGAACAGCAAUUGGCGACCUCACUGCCCUGCUCUAACCUGGUUCUUUCCACAGUCUCAUGAUAAAUGACUUCAUAUUCUAGAAUACUUGAUAGAAGGAAAAGUCAAAGUACAAUCAUGAUAAUGAAAUGUAAAAAUACUUAUAGAGAUUUUAACCUAACAAUUCGUAAGCAAAUGUGUAUAAUUCCUUCCUGAGAUAGUCUAUACAGAAUACUGUACCCAGUGACUCCAGUGGUACCCUUUAUUCCUAAGACUAUAUAUAAUUAUUAGUGGUAAUAACAGUCAGUGACAAUCUAGGCAGAUAACAUAUGUAUAUUUAUAACAGAUUGUAUGGGAUGGUCCAAGGAUGUUUAUGUCCAAAACAUGACUGAUUGGCCCUAAAUUUUCCUAAAGGUUAGUGACUUCUCUGUUAUCACCUAUUAGAAAGUAAUUCCAUUUAAGCUUUCAUCAACAAAUUCCAAAAUGUCCUACCAGGGCACAGCUGUCCUUCUUGCCUUUAGGUUCUAUAUUUUUGUUUUUCUCUCUCUCCAGCUUAGAUACUGAGAGUUCGUCAGAGCCUGACUCCUCAUAGGAUCUCUGAACAUUAUCAAAAGCAGGUAUUUUAGGAGUUAUUUUCAUACUUUUUUGCAUCAUAUAUUUACAGAUAUGCUAGCACGUUUUGAUAAGAAUAUUUUAUUGUCAGAGCAAGAAAGAGAAGAUUUUUAUAGAUCACUCCUUCAUUAGUCACUUAGGAAUGCGAUUGUAACUAAAAAAUAGCACCAGAUCUUUAACUGCAUUUCAGUGUCUGUUUCGUUCAUGCCAAACUCAGCACAUCGGCUUGUCCUCUUCUGUGCCUUCAUUGGUGUUACGUAGAUGGCUGCUGGCAGAUUAUUCUUUUCUUUCGUUUAAUCAAACAAUAAUUUCUCCAACAAAAGAGAUGGAAGAAACCAGUGCCAGACAUAGUUCUGCAGCUGUUGAUGUUUAGUUAAAACCAUGCCACUUAUUUUUCUUGGGUUUUAUUAGCUCUUCCUAAGAACAGUCUCACUUUUCCGUCCUUGACAUUUUUGUAACUCUAGAAACAAAACUAGCUUUUAUUUUACAUACCUUUUCUCGUUUUCUCUGACAUUUGCCAAAAGUCCAAGAUAUAUAAAUUUUUCUGUUUGCUCAUGGUUGGUUUUGUCUUCUCUAAAAUAUGAUUGUUCUAAUAUAGCACAUAUGUAGAAAAUGUUGACUUUUCCAACAAUGUCUUUUCAAAAUGCUUAUUGAUUUCUAUGUGCAUCAUGAAAUUCAUAAUUAUUGUCCUACUAAGGACUGCACAGUAGUUAUUAAACUCACAAAAUCAUUUGGUAAUUCCAAUAAAAAUAUGAAUGAAUUUUAUGUGGCACAGAGGAAUGUAUCAGUUUGAUGUGUUUUAAUAUGUCUCUAAACAUAUAUAAGUAAGUAAUGUACAAUCAGUAGUUGGUAAAUGCAAAGUGUUUUUGCUGGUCUCCAAGAUGCUCUGUUCUUCUAACGUCUCGUUUUUUCUGAAGUCUCACUUAUUCCUAUCACAAUUUUAAGGCUGAGAAUUUAGUCAAGCAAGUUUCACCAGAAUACUUAACUAGUCACUUUUGUGCCCUAAAUAUCCUUCAACCAAAAAAAAUUUUUUUUCUGUUUGGUCACUCAUUUUUUAAAUGUAGUAUUUUAGAGGUUUCCCUUGAAUUAGGUGCUUUGACAAUUGAUUUCUAAAGGGAUAUUAGUAUUUUUGCCAGAAAAGCAGAUGUGAUUUAACAGAGUAAAUUAGCUCUUAUCCCAUGAGAAAUUUCUUACCUGUAAUAUUUUAUACAGGUAAAGUGAAAAUGAGCUAUUAUGUGAUAUAAUCAGAAUAUUGUGGAUAAAAAAUAUAUUUGAGAGCAAUGAAGUGCUCUAAAAUUUUAUUUUUCUGAUUUGUUCAAAAAAUUGCCUCAAUUCCUCUUUUUAUCCUAGCCUUAAUAUUCUUAUCCUCAGCUGUGCCGUUACUGCACAGCAACUUUAUUAAAGGAGCAACUGGACUAUUUCUUAAAACAGAACAUGGCCUGCUCUCCCUGACAUAAGGAAAUGAUGUUUGCCAGUUUCUAUCCAUCAAUUUGCAUCACAGGGAAAACUACCCUCAGUUCUCCGGCCCUAGCCCCACAUCCUCUCCUCUGUUAAUUCCAUAGUGUUGAUAAUAUUCCACAUCUCUGCAGUACAAGACAGGCACUGCAUAAGAAUUACAACUUUUAAAAAUAAGUAACUACUUGAAAAGGAACCUUCUAUAGCAUUAGGCUAUUUUUUUUAGAUUUAAACAUUGAUAGCACAUUAAAGGUUAACCAUUUGUUUAAUAUAAUGCACCUUCUGAGUGUUACUGGCUACCAUUUUGAACUUGAAAAUCCCCACUUUCAAAAUAUCAAACAUAUUUUAAAGAUAAUAUCUACAUGGAUGAUGUGAUGUGACAUUCAAACAGACACAGAUUUUAUGCAUCAAACUUCCAAUAGAAAUUACAGGCUACUUUUGAAGUUAUUGCACAGUCAGUAAGGGUGCAUUAUGUUUUGGAAAAUGGAAUGGAAAAGGUCACAAUGGUACUUAGGACAGGCUACAUGGCUAAUCUCCAGAAUUAAGAGAAAAAGCACUUUAUUCUAUGUAUAAAUUCAUAUGCUUGAAUGUGAUGUCGAAAAGGUUGUUUACAUGGAAGAAAAAUAUUAAUACACAGUCUAAUUUUGAUUGUUACACCUAACUUAGUCAUUAGCAAAAAUAUUUUAAUAUGAAAGACCUAAUGAUAAUGUUUCAAGUUUUGUUACCAGCUAUAUAUAGUUAGUCCCUAACAACAAACAAAUGUUAUGAGAAUAUCAGUAAAGUUUUUUUCAUUAUUUAAUUUUACCAUUGAGCCAGAUUUUAAUACAUAGCCUAAAAAUAUUUUUUGUUCUUCACUCUCAAAUGAGAAGUCAGUUAGAGCAAAGAACUGAUAAACUGUUACUGUAAAUUGAGUAUCUAGUACACACCCUAAGGGGAAAAAAAAUCAGGCAAAAUUUGUUGGCACCUUGUCCUUUGCUACUUAAAUAGCAAAGUAAAACUGAAAAAAUAAUUCAUAAAUCCUGAGGGUGGAAAUGCUACCCAUGUUAUCUUUAAAAGCCUCACAUUAUGCUAACAGAUUCACUAAUAGUGUGAUGCAAUAGGGAAUUUGGCAGGUUGUGAUUUGAUUACAGUAGCACAAAAAGAAUAACAGUAAACAGUUUUAUUAUAAUCAGAUUUUUAAAUUAUUUUCCAAGUUACUUCAAAUUAUAGUAAGGUCCUAACAACUAGCUUUUAUGAUAAGUUUUCAACUGCCAAAUUCAGACCUUUUCACUAAGUUAGGAAUAAAAGAAUGAGAUGACAUAGCCAGACCAAAGGCAGAGAACUCAUACCAUGUACAUAACGUACAACUCUAUUAAGUUCUCUAUUUGAGCAAUGAAUUAUGGUUUGUGUGUAGUUGCUGCCUAAAAAAAACACUUAGAAAUGUCCUUUGGAUUAAUUUUAGUAUCCUUCAUUCUGUCACAUCCAUCAAUAUUCUUAUUCUCAUGAAAGAGGAUAUUAGGUUAAUCUGAUGGAGUGCUUGAGACUGCAACAGUGUUAAAUUGUUGGUACAUUUCAGUUCUCCUAGGUGAACAAUAUUGCUGCUAUUUUUCUGAAGACAGCAAUCAUUUUAAAAUGCUAAACAGCUAGUUGUUACCAAGUCUUUCUUGCAUUAUCUCUUCAGAGAAGGAAAUUUUUUGUGUGCCAAUAAUCAUCCUCUAAGAGGUGGGUUUUUUUUUUUUUAAGAAUGUUGAUUUUGGAAUACAUGAAAGUAUUUUAUCAUAAUUUACUUGUGAGUAUACAAAAAUGUAAUUCCUCUAAAUCUUUAUAUGUAUAAAAGAUUUUAAAUAUUUGUAAGUAAUGUUCACAUUUUAUUUUAGGUAAGUUAAUGCGUUUGACUUUGUUAUGUCAACCUAAGAAAAAGAAAUGGACCAUUCAGAUAACCAGCACAUAAAUUUUAAAAAAAACUCUAAAGUUUUACAAUUUUAGUAAAUUUAAUAUCAUUCCAUCUCAUUUAAAGGUUAGGAAAGAUCAGAUUUAAUUCUAGCCAAAGUAAAAUUUAUGUUUGUUAUCUCAAGUGUUUCCUAGCUGCUUUUGUAACAUCUUACUUGAUGUUAUAUGUGUCUUUUUUCUUUGUAAUAAAUGUUCAAAUUCCUACCUAAAAAUUCUGAUACAUAUCUAAGUUAAAUAAAAGUUUUAUGCUUUUAAAAUGUGUGUUUUAAACUGUAUAUUAAUUUCUGAGUGCAUGUUAAAUAAGUGUUUAACACUUCUCCUAUCUUGGCAGUUCAAUAUAUUUAUUCCUACGUGUGACAUAUGGAAUAUCUCUUAAAAAUCAUGAGUAUGUAUCAUAUACUUAAAGUCAUCCUGGCCUAUUCUGUAUCAAAAUAUUGUAUAUUUUAUGGAUACAGUGUUUUAAGUUAUU